AUGGAUAUAAGAGCAGAAAAAAUUGCAAAAGCCCGUCAAAAGCUUAAAGACCACCAAGAUAAAAAGAUAAUUGAUGUCCGAAAAGAACAGUCCUCAAAUAAAUCAUCUGUUACAAGUGAGGAAAUACUAAAUAAUACAGUUUCUUCAAAAACAGACAGUUGGAUAGUUUUCAAUCCAGAUAAUGUGGAAAUUAAUAAGACAGAACCUCCGAAAGAAGCGAAUGCUGAAAUAAAUUUUGAAAAAAAAUCUGAUGUCAACAUAACUGAAAUUUUGAUCUCAACCAAAACUGACCUUGAAUCACAAAUUACCCAUUUAACUGAGAAAUUAACUCACCUGGAAGGACUCUACAGUACAGAAAGUAGUAAUCAUAUGAUUGCAAAACAAAAAAUUAAUGCUUUAGAACAUGAAUUGAGUGUCUUAUCAAGUAAAUAUGAGAGUGUUGUACGAGAUGUCUCAAAUAAAGAUGAAAGUUUAUUAGAGCUAAAAAACCUUAUUAGUACUAUACGAGAUGAGAAUAAUAACUUUGUAGAACAAUUGGAAUUCACAAAGUCUAUGUUAACUACAAAGGAAAUAGAAAACACCCAGCUUCAUAAUCAAAUAAGAUAUUGCCAAAACCAACUUGAUGUGUUUCAGCUUCAAAUACAACAGUUGACAAACAACAGCACUGCACAAGUUGAUCAAAUGAGUUACACUUCUGGAGAGAAAGAAUCUUCUUUUAAUAAGAUGUCUAAUUUGGAGAAAACUAUUGAAGCUUUACAAAAAGAAAGAGAUCAAAUUAAUUGUCAUUAUGAACACUAUUUAGGAGAUUUAAACAAACAAUAUAAAGCAGAAGUGAAAAAAAAUGAAAAUCUUGCAAUAGAAAUUCAGAGCCUGUAUAAUAGAGAAAAUAGUCUGAUAGAACAGAUUAGUGAUAUGGAAAUACGUCUACAAAACUUUAAAAUACAAGACAACACAGUGCAUAAACAAGAAAAUGAUAUGGAGAUACAGAAACAAUACCAAGAUUGUCAAGUUCAACUUAUGGAAAUGAAUUCUAAAUACCAAGAACUUCAGAAGCAGUACAUGGACAGUCUUGCAAAGAUGGAAGAGUUAAACAAAGUGAAAGAUAUAGAGUGUAACCAUGACAAUAUAAGCAUUAACAAAUUGAAUGCUGACAUAACAAGUGAUAAAAUUGCAGCACAAAGAGCAACAGAACAAAAUAAAAAAUUAAAAUUGGAUGUUGAAAACCUUGAACAAGUCAUCAUAAAAAUGGGCAAUGACAAAUUAGAACUGACAGAAUUAUGGACACACGAAAAACAAUUAAACAAAGGCUUGGCACUUAAAUUAGCCGAAGUUGAAGAAAAUGUAAAAAAUAUUCUGAAACAGUUGAAAGCUAAAGAUGAAGAAAUGAUAAGAUUACUAAACGAAAAUCGGGACUUUGAAAAAAAGUAUGAAAGUAUGAAAGAAAGUAUUGAAAAAAAUAAUCAGUCAAUACAAAGUGAAGAUUGCCAUUAUCAUAGCACCAAUGAAGAUAAAAUACCAGAAACAACAUCUGAUUUAACAUCUUAUAAGGAACCUAAAAAACCAAUUACAAAAUUAGAUAUUAACAGUGAUAACACUAUUCCAAAACAAGAUGCUAUGAGUAAACUUCAAGAACGUUUUCUUAAUAUAAUGGACCAAGUUGCUAAUCUUUCUGAUGAAAAACACAGACUAGAACAUAUUAUUCUGCAGUUGCAAACCGAAACUGACACUAUUUGCGAAUAUGUAGCUCUUUAUCAACAGCAACGUAGUUUGCUGAAAAAACGAGAAGAAGAACGAAGUAAUCAACUAAAAAUUUAUCAAACGGAAUGUAACAAAUUGAAGCGACAUUUAGAAGAACUUCGUGGUUUGCUGUUAAAGUUUGCUAGUGAUCACGAAAUGGAAUCAUUCUUCAAAGAUGAACAAAGGCGUGAUGAUUUAACGAGAGUUAAAGAACUACUUGAAGAGUUACAAAAUUGUUCUUUAAUCAAUCCAAACUUUAAAAAUCUAGAUUUAAACAUUUUUUACCCUUGCAGCUGUUGCUCAGGUCAAAUCAUUGAUAUUUGAUGUAAAUUUCAUUAAUAUGGUCGGGAUUUGUAACAAAAAACGCAAUGUUCAACAAAUUUUCUAAUUUUCUACCUACACAAAUAUUUCUUCACAAACCUCUACCUAACUAUACCAAAACAAUUUAAAAUUGGUAAAUUUAACACAAAUACCAAAACAUAAAAUAGAGUUUGUGAUGGGCUAUUUUUGUUUCAAAAUCCACAUAUACUUAUCACAGCAGAUGCAGCCAAGGGUAUGUAUGAAAAUAAAAAUAUUGACAGACACUAAGACAGUGAAGUUACCGAUUCCUGAUGUUUGAAAUUUGCAGUUUCAAAAUCUUUAAGAAAUUACAUGGUUUCAUAAGAACAUAAUAUCUUGGUUUCGUAGUAUGUCCCCUGUGUAUUUAGCUUACAAUUUUGAAGAGUGGUAAUGGUGCUUUUCCUGUUAUAAGUACAUAAAUGUAGCUAAAUUGAUAAAUCCUAAAAAAACUGCUACCCUUUUCCACUUCAAACAUUGAGAAAAAGGCAACACUACUUGUGGAGUUGUGAAUUUAUUUAGAGAUUUGUAUAAAACAGAAGUGGCAUCAAAGUUCAAAUAGGCACAUGACGGCACUUUUUAUGCGUUGAUUAUAUACAAAAUGUGUACAUAGCAGUGAGUAGUGAUGGCGAUAACUACAUUCGGAAACUUAAAAUUGGUUACGAGGGUUCCAAACACGCCCCAGUCUAAGAAGAAGCCCACAACAAAGUUAGCCGGGUGUUCUUUUUGUUAUCACGAUCUCACAUUGUCAUUUAGUUCAUCAUUGUGAUUAUUCUCUUAAAUAAGUAGAGAUCGAACUGUCAAGGUUGACAUUUAGUGGUUUUUAGUGAACCCCUGUUUUACAGCAAAUUGUUCCAUAGAAAUAAUAUGUUUCCCUAAUGAAAGUAUUACUGAAUAUCUGAUAUUUAUAAAUGAACACUCAUGAGAUAUUUUCUCGUGUCACACUGUACAGGUAAUUUUUAUUCACAAGCAACUCUUUAUUGUAUAUAAGAAUUCAUUUAAUUUAUGAAAUAUAUUAUUAUUAUUAUUAUCAUCACAUUAAAUCAGAAAUCUGUUGUUAAUACCUUUGUUCGUGAAGUGGUUCUUUUGACAGGGAUAGGUCACAGUUACAACAGUGUAAGUGUAUAUUUAGUCAUAAUAUAUAUAUACUAAUAAUAUCAAUGGGAAACGUC